CCAAUUUCUGAACGAAACUUCACCUGUCUUAUCGAGUAGCACUUUGUUUUUAGGUUAACUUGUGUUAUUUGUGUUGAAAAUAUAAAAUUACAUAAACCUGAGAGAUGGUUUUGCCUCCAGCGAGUGGAACUGGCAAAUAUUUCGUUACAGCAGCAAAAUCCAUACGUUUGAUUCGUCAAGGAUGCACAAACAGGCCAUUCUUCCAUAUAUCAGUAACUCACCGCAAGAGGCUGAACACCCAGCCAGUCAUUGAACAGCUAGGUUCAUACGAUCCUAUGCCAAACGCUAACAAUGAAAAGCUAGUUGCUUUGAAUUUGGAACGAAUAAAGUUCUGGUUGGGCCAAGGUGCUCAUGUUACCGAGCCUGUUGCUGAACUUCUUGGUCUAUCUGGCUUCUUCCCCAUCCACCCUAGAUCUUACAUGAUGGCUUGGAGAAACAGGAGAACAGAGAGAGAGAACCUCGCCAAGCAAGAAGCAGAAAAAGCUAAAGAAGAAGCCACCAAAUAGUCCUUAGUUACUUGUUCUAGUUAAUGCAUUUUUAGUUUAUAGUGAAAUAAAUGGUUUAAUAUUUAAA